AAUUUUUGGAUACACAACACAGGUCCCCUAGGAUGCUUAGCUCAGAACGUUGCUAAAUUUGGAACCGACCCAUCAAAGCUCGAUGAAUUUGGAUGCGUCACGUCACACAACCAAGCUGCCAAGCUCUUCAAUCUACAGCUUCAUGCUCUCUGUAAGAAACUGCAGGGCCAAUACACCGAUGGCACGGUCACAUACGUCGAUAUCUACUCGAUAAAAUCCAAUCUCAUCGCCAAUUAUUCACGGCUCGGGUUUGAACAACCUAUCAUGGCUUGCUGUGGCUACGGAGGUCCACCUCUAAACUACGACCGGGAUAUCGGCUGUGGACAGACGAAGACGUUGAAUGGGACGACAGUCACGGGAAAAGGGUGCGACAAUAGCUCGAAGUAUAUCAAUUGGGAUGGAAUUCAUUACUCAGAAGCUGCGAAUCA